UGAGAUGCUUAUUUUAUUGAUUUUGGGCUCAGAGAUGGAUUCAUCAGAACGAUCAACAAUUAGAAGCGAGCAGAAAUCCAGAAAAUUCUUAAAAAGUCUAAUAAGAAAGCAGCCUCGAGACCUUCUUCUUGUGAUUGGAACUGGGGUGAGUGCUGCAGUAGCGCCAGGAAUCCCAGCUCUGUGCUCCUGGAGAAGCUGCAUUGAGGCUGUAAUUGAAGCAGCUGAACAGCUGGAGGUGCUUCAUCCGGGAGAUGUUGCUGAAUUUCGUAAAAAAGUAAUCAAAGACAGAGACCUGCUUGUGGUUGCACAUGAUCUCAUCAGGAAGAUGUCACCACGCACUGGGGAUACGAAGCCAAACUUCUUCCAGGAUUGCUUAAUGGAGGUGUUUGAUAAUUUAGAACAACACAUUCAGAAUCCUGUUGUUCUGCAAUCAAUUCUGAGACUCAUGGAGAGAGGCACAAUGGUUCUGACUACAAACUAUGAUAAUUUACUUGAAAUAUUUGGUCAGCAGCAGGGUAAACCUAUGGAAUCUUUAGACUUGAAAGAUAAGGACAAGGUUCUUCAGUGGGCAAGAGGUCAUAUAAAAUAUGGAGUUCUUCAUAUUCAUGGCUUAUAUACAGAUCCUUGUGGAAUGGUGCUAGAUCCCUCGGGAUAUAAAGAUGUUACUCAAGAUCCUGAAGUCAUGGAAGUUCUUCAAAAUUUGUAUCGAACCAAGUCUUUUUUGUUUUUGGGCUGUGGAGAGACUCUGCGUGAUCAGAUAUUCCAAGCUCUUUUUCUUUAUACUGUAAAGAAUAAAGUGGAUUUAGAACAUUAUAUGUUGGUGCUUAAAGAAAAUGAAGACCACUUUUUUAAGCUCCAGGCAGAUAUGCUGCUGCACGGAAUAAAAGUAGUGUCCUACGGGGACUGCUUUAAACAAUUCCCAGAGUACGUACAAGAUCUGACCGCUCAAAUCUGCAAGCAGAGAAGUCCAGAUGCUGAUCGAGUGGACAGCACAACAUUGUUGGGAACUUCAUGUGUGGACUGUGCUAAAAGGAAGUUAGGAGAAAAUGGCACUGACUCUCCUAAGAGAAUCAAGCAGUCAGAUAAUGGUAUACCCACUAUUUAAUGGAAAAAAAAAAAAAAACCCAAAACCCAAUCCAGAAGCUUUUUAACAGUAGGUGUUUUACAUCUGCUGCAUAGAAGGUUUUGAGCUGAGUAUUUCCAUGGUUUUAAGUGGAAUAAAAAUUGUGCAUCUUAGCCUUUUCUUUUCUAGAGCUGUAAAUGUGUAAUGAUGUAAAGCUUGAAAGUCAUACUAGUCACUCUCCAGGCACUUCCAUACUACUAGAACUGUAUCUGCAGGGUUAUUUAGAAGCAGGUGCAAGUUUUCUCUGCCUGUGCUUCAAGCCAGUGUGACCAAGCUCUCACCAAGGUGAAGCCACAACAGAGGUGACGUUUGAAUCUGUCAAAAAUGACUUUUGGCAUACCUGCGACUAUCUGUUAGUUGCCUUUAAAAUGAAGGGGUUUCUGUUCUUAUCAGCUGAACUGCAGUCAGGCUGCUGGAGGUUGAACUCUUCAGGGGUCUGUCAGCACAAGGCUGCUUGCAAGCUUCAGAUUCAGAUCCCUAAGCUGUUAGGAACAGGAAUUGUUUCACGUUUAUAGAACCUGCAUCAUGAUAACCUGCCUAUUUUACACUUUUAGCAUGAGUAUUUGUUUUCAUUUGUCAGUCUGUUAAGGCAUGAGAUCACAUGGGGAGAAAAGGAUGUAAUAGUAAUUUAUCGGCAAGGACAUACCAUAUGUACAUGGGGGCUUACUGACCUAUUUGCAGUGUAUUUCUAUGGAAAUAUUUUAAAUAUUGUUGUCUAAAUCAGAGUAUGCUGCCAGUUAUCUCAGAAAGCAGAUAAUGGAUAGUCUUAUGCAGCAGAAUUAAAACCAGUUAGUAUCUAAUUAUGUAUCUGUAGACAAUUUCUAGUGUACAAGUUUGACUUCAGUUGAACUCAAAUGAUUAAGGUUAGGCACUGUAUUAACUGUUUUUUUUUCUGAGGUGCUGUUACUUCACCUACCACUGAAUUGUCUCAGCACUAAACUGACGUAAUUACCAGUCCAGUUGCUAACACUGGUAAUCUUCUGAAAUUUUGUAGUCAGCUGCCUCUCACCUCAGUGUCUGCAGGAGAGCAUGUUCAGGACCAUUCUUUGUUCUGAUACCGGCACAUUCGUAUCUAGCAGUCCUGGAGGGUUGCUUCAGCAGGUUUCUCUGCUUAUGUUCCCUGUGGAUUUCAUCUGUUAUGCCUUCUGAGAUCACGUCACACUAUAGUGAGGUUUUACAGGGAGAGGAAGUGAUGGGUCUGUCAGAUGAACUUUCUGUCUGGAUUGUGGUGUGUCAACUCUUUACUUCCAUGUCACAAAAACAAUUUCUGCUUGUUCUCUAGUAUGUAUGUGUGCAAAAUGAAAAGCUUGAAAGUGAGGUGCAUGCUUCUUUCUCGACUAACAACUACUGAGAUGGGUAGAGUUUUUGUGGUGUGUAAGUCUUUGUCCCUGUUCUGAAGUAGGUAAAGAUCUGAAGACAUUUUGCCUAGAAAAGCAAUCAUCUUAAACAAUGCAUGCACACUGACUUGUCUCUUCUACCCCAGAAGAAAACACCCAGUCGUCUUUUCAUGAUUGUCAGUCUGGAAACCAUACUUGGGUUUUAGUAUGCGAUAUAAUUGCUAAGGACCUCAAGUAUCAGUUCUCAAGGUUUCAGCCAUGUUUUCUAAAAGGUAAAAAUCAAAAGCAAAACCAGCCUGAAUAUAGACUGUACUCAUCCUCUCCCUUUGAGAUAUUGUAUUCAUACAUCACUUUUGAAAAUUAAGUCUUUUAGCAUCGCAUAUAGCAUUAUCUGUAAGACUAACCUCUAAAAUUUGCUUCUCUAGUCAGCAUGAAUUGGCUGUUUUGAAAAGUGAUCUGUCAUGCUAUUUUGGAUGCUGAUUAUCAGCUUAGAACACUUGAAUUGUUGCCUCAAGCUGCAGCAAAAUUAAUCAGAUGAGCAAAGCUAUUUAUGACCCUGAUUACUGCAAUUAUUUAAGCCCAACCUAAAGUCAUACAACUCCUUAUCUUGUGCCUGAAGUCAGAUCCACGUCAUUAGGAAAUCACAUUCCCUCCCUGUGGUAAGGAUCAACUUACACCCACCAUUGGUGAUUCUUCCGUUUUGUAGACACUCCUGAACUGCAACUCGCACAACAGCCUCCCCUGACUCAACUGCCAUUUAUUUGCAUCCUGCAAAGCAGAUGAGUAAGUAAGGGGUUAUUUUAAUUCCUAACAUAUGCAAUGAGAAGGUAGAAAUGCCUAGUUUUGGUGUUGUCCGCCCCCUCCCCCUCCAUCGAAUAUAUUUUAGUCAUCUUAGGGAUGGGAUUGCCUUGCAGCUACCUCAGGGUUUAAAAUACAAUCAAAAGGGACAGAACCUGAAACUUGUCUGUUCCAUUUAUCUGUUAAGUGAAAGAGUAACUUGUUUAAUGCCCUAUUCAAAUUAUUACCUGAAUACCGUGAAAGAACUAACCCUACAAAUUGGCAUGUUAAAUGAUGUUUGCUGAUUCUACUGUAGAUGGCUCUUUUUCCACUUAAUUCAUAAUUUUUUUAAAAAAUAGGAGUAAGGUAUUUACUGAAAGCAAACUUGUUGACCAUUUAUUAUCCUGUUUUGCUUAAGCUGUGUAAUGAAGUUGAUUGAUAGUACAUCUCUGAUGAUGGCAUACACUCUUUUAAUAAAAUAUUUAAAGCUGAACAGACCA